ACCCCGCCCCCAUGUGACCGUGUCCUCGUGCUCGGAUCUGAGGUUCUCCUGCGCGUGCCUCUGUAUCGGUAUAAAAGCCCCCCCUCAGCAUCAUGUCUCAGUCUCCUGACAAGCGGCGGAAGAUGGAGUCUGCGCUGGUGCAGCUGAAGAAGUACACCGUGGUGGUCGCCGAUACGGGAGACUUUAACGCCAUUGAAGAAUACAAGCCUCAGGAUGCAACCACCAACCCAUCGCUCAUCCUGGCAGCAGCCAAGAUGCCCAAUUAUCAGCACCUCCUGGACCAGGCUAUUAAAUAUGGCAUCGCAAACGGCGGGACCGAAGAAGAGCAGAUCACCAACACGAUGGACAAGCUAUUCGUCAGCUUCGGCGUGGAGAUCCUGAAGAAGAUUCCCGGGCGAGUCUCCACAGAGGUGGAUGCUAGGUUAUCGUUCGAUAAAGAUGAGAUGGUGGCUCGAGCACGGCGGCUCAUCGCCUUGUACGAGGAAGCUGGAGUGAGCAAGGACCGCGUGCUCAUCAAGCUCUCGUCCACGUGGGAGGGCAUCCAGGCUGGACGGGAGCUGGAGGAGAAAUACGGCAUCCACUGUAACAUGACCCUGCUGUUCUCCUUCGCCCAGGCGGUGGCUUGUGCCGAGGGCAAGGUCACCCUCAUUUCACCUUUUGUAGGACGUAUCCUGGACUGGUACAAAGAAAACACAGAGCGUAAAAGCUUCGAGCCACAUGAGGACCCCGGUGUUGUCAGCGUAACAAAGAUCUACAACUAUUAUAAGAAGUUUGAUUACAGCACCGUGGUGAUGGGCGCGUCCUUCAGGAACACUGGAGAGGUCAAGGCGUUGGCCGGAUGCGAUCUUCUCACCAUAUCUCCAGGGCUGCUGGGAGAGCUGAGCCAGGAUCACAGCACUGUGGUCACCACUCUCACUCCAGAGAAAGCCAAGGCUUGUGAUCUGGAGAAGAUCCACAUGGAUGAGAAGACCUUCCGCUGGCUGCACAACGAGGACCGCAUGGCAGUGGAGAAGCUCUCUGAUGGCAUCCGGAAAUUUGCUGCCGACGCAGUGAAGCUCGAAGGCAUGAUCAAGGAGAAGAUGCUCGGUGUGAAAAACGGACCGUAACGCAGAUUAAAACCCCAGAAGACUGAACGCCCACCCUGAAACUCCUGAUUAACUCAUCGCUACCUGCUGAAACUCCUUCUGUAGUCUUAAACUUCAGACCACUACGAGCUACUGCACUAAUCAGAAACCCAUGUCUCUGUUCAGGAGUAAAAUCCUCCCAAAACCAACAUUCCUAUUUUUAUAAAACAAAAAGAAAAUUGUGUUUUUGGGAAAAACUGUAACGUAAGGGACUUUUUUUAUUAUAAGAUUAAUAACAAAUUAUUCUUCAGAUUCAUUCCUGCUUCAGUUUCAAUAAAAAUUCAUCAAUAUCAGAAAACACAA